UUGGCAGUGUGACCUUGCUAUUUAUAGCGCAUUAAUGUCAAAGUGCGCUCUUCAGCAAGCCGGCUGUAAAUAAUUCUUAUUGCAAAUUUCACAAAUUGAAAUUGAAAUGUCCACUAGUCAGGAGGCACUGCGUGAUUAUGUAGCCAAGAGCAGAGCGCAACUGCAGCAGCUAUUGCAACGGCUCAAUUGGACGGAGGAAGGCGUGCAGAAGUUGCAUCGUUCGGUGUCCCAACCAGACGAAGUCGUCGUCGAACAGCUGCCACCAAGUUGCUGCUCUUCAGCAGAGCACAGCGUACAGUUAAAUGCAGCAGUGCUGCAGCAACUGUUGCCAGGCAAACGGCUCGCCCCAGUUGAUUCUUUCGCGGAUUUGCAAUUGAACUAUAGCUCCGAAGAGAAGCUGAUCCUCUACGAGCACGUGCUCAGCUGCACGCCACGACAGCGGCUCAGUUUCGAGCAGCAGGCGGAUUUCGCUGAGCUUGUGGCAGAGACAAAAAGAGCGCACAAGAGAGCGAGAAGGCAUCGCAAGAGCAAGAUGACAUUGUUGGAGGAGAUGCAGCAGCUCGUGCACCUCCAAAUGCAGGCUCUAAAGCAGCAGCAGCAGCAGCGUGUAUCUGACAAAGAUCACAGCGAAUGGAGAAAGCCGGAGAAACGAGAUGGCAGACGAAAGAGCAGAAGCAGGAGUAGGAGUAGGAGUAGAAAGAUGAAAAAAAGCCGUAAGAGCAGGAGUAGAAGUAAUCAUAGAACCAGUCACAAUCCCAGUAAGAGCAGCAGCAGUCGAAAGAGCAGCGGAAACUCGAGCAAUCAGACCCACAGGAGCAGCCGCACCCCAGACAGAAGACGUGGGCGAAGUCGAAGUCGAAGUCCGAGUCGGAGACACAGUACAAAUAAAAAUCCGAAAUACAGCCGAAGACAUAGUCCAAGUUCCAGCAAGCGAGAAAGGAGUCGAAGUAGUCACAGGCGUGACCCAAUCUCAUGUUGAAGAGGCAAUCAAA